AUGAACGCACCGGACCGUUACGAGGCGAUUCUUCUCGGCCCUGGCGAGAGCAAGAUCGAAGUCGAGAUUGACACUCGUCUGCCUAACACCGCCAUCUUCACUUUCAAUAAAGAGGACCACACACUUGGUAACAUGCUUCGGGGCCGCCUGGUACGGGUCCCAUAUAUUCUCUUUGCCGGCUACAAGGUUGCCCACCCCCUUACUCCCAAAUUCCAGCUGCGUAUUCAAACCGACGGCUCGAUCACUCCCCGUGAUGCUCUCGUGGCUUGCUGCCACUCUUUGAUCAAGGACUUGGGAAUCCUUUCCCGCCGCUUCACCAAGGAGGUCGAACUCCGGAAGAUGGCGAAUGCAGCUACUGCUGCUACCCAAAGCGUGGAGCAAGGUAUUUAA